CCAAAUUUAAUAAAACGACAAAUUAAUUUAAUUAUACAGUCGCCCAAAACUUAAAAAUAAGGCGGAAAUUUUAAUUUUUAUUUUGUAAUUUCCCACGUUCACAAAUUAGUAUAGAGUUCUCUCGCGGUUUUUCCCAAACUAAUGAACUCUUAAUUCUAUUCAAAAAAAAAAAAUGAACUACUCUUAAUUAAUCAGGUAUUCAACUCCCACCUCACCUCUAAUUCAAUCUUCUCCCUAAAACGAAACCCUCGUACUCUACCUCUAAUUGCAUAAUCUUCUCCUCAAAUCAGGUUUUUUCGGUGGCCGCUCCGAUCUAGUCUGGUUCUCUCCGACGCGGCACACAAUAUCUUACACUACACUCGCAUCUAAAGAGUAUCUAUUCAGGAAAAUGGCAAUUGAGCAAGUGCAGCGGGAUGCAUCACAGUUGCCUAAGACAAGGCAAGCGUCAAGUACAAGGCAACAUGUGCACAAUGUGCAACAACAGAAUACAAAGCAGCAACAACAACAAAAUGCAGAACAGCAACAAGAAACUGUCCAGCAACAACAACAGCAGAUUGUGGGGCAGCAACAACAAACUGUCCAGCAGCAACAACAGCAGAAUGUGCAUCAGCAGCAACAACAGCAGAUUGUGGGGCAGCAACAACAACCGAAUCAGGAGCAGCAGCAUGAUGCAGAAGCAUCAACUAGUGAUCAGUCCAGAGAGCAAAGAUUGACAUACCGGGAGAAACGAAGGCUUGAACAAGCUGAACAUCGACUAAAGUUUCCUGAUCGUAAGAGGCGUGGGCCAACUAGGGGUAAGAAAUAUGUUACUAAGAUGUGGAAUCCUAAUUCUGAAGAAAAGAUUAAAAUAAAUUUCAUGGAUGAGCUUCGACGGGUGGUUGGUGAAAAGGCAGAUGAAUUCAUAUGUGAUUGUAGCAAUUGGGUGAAAGAAUUUUGUCCCCUCAAGUCAUUGAAUUGGACUAAAAUGGAUUCAGGUGCAAAAGAGAGGCUGUAUAAAAAGAUUCGAGCUAAAUAUGAUUUACCUGAUAAAGUUGCUGGUGCUGAUGUUACUGAUGCGUUGAGCUUUCAGUGCUCCAUGUUGUAUAAACAUUGGAGAUUUAGGCUUAAAGAGAAAUACUUUAGAAACAAGUCUAUUGCAGAUGCUAUAAAUAGCAGACCAGAUAAUAUUGAUGCUAACCAAUGGACAUGGCUAGUAUGUGAGUAUUGGAAUGAUGAAAAGCAAAAGCGUAUUAGUAAAGUUAACACGGAUAAUAAGCUUAAGCAAACUGAAACUCCUGCAAAUGGUGCAAGGUCUACCGCAAGAAUUUUCCAUGAAUUGAUGAAUGUGCAACAAACUCAAGGUAGUCAAGAACAUGAAGGAUCAUCAGAUAAUCCACUUGAAACUCAACAGGAUCCUCUGUACAUCACCUUAUUUGAGAAAACUAAAAAGCAUAAAGACAAGGGAUUUGAACCUAAUGCUGAAAAAGACUAUGAAGCGCUUAGAAACCUUCAUGAAAAAGAAGUGAAAGAGCAUGGUGAAGAUACACUAAGUGUCAAAGCAGCAUACAUGGAGGUUUUCAAACCAAAGUCUGGAUAUGUCAAGGGACUUGGUCCUGGAGCUCGUCCACCUAAGAAAAGAAGAGUUGAAGGAGAAACUAAUGAAGUUAGAGUGAAAUUAUCAGCUGAGAUUCAACAAUUAAAAGAGGAUGCCGCAACACGUGAGGGUGUACUUGUAUCUCAGAUUGAAUCCCUGAAGGAAUCUAAUGAAGAGCUUAGAACCUCAAAUGAAGAGCUUAUAGCAUCAAAUGAUGAGCUUAAAGCGACCGUAUCUAGAAUCAACAUAGAAGCUCAGAAACGUGAAAAGAAGCUCAGAGAUGAUAUGAUGAAAAUGUUUGAGCAACUUAGGAAUAACAUGGGCUAGCAAUGAAUUCGAAAGAUGGAUGAUCGCAACUAUUGAAGGUGGUAUAUAUGAGCAGCGUUGAGAAGGGGUCGAUGUAAUUAAGUUUGUAAUUAGUGUUAUUUUAUUUAAUUUUUAAAGGAUCAUGUACCUUGUUGACAAAGUGGGAUUAUCUUAUAAUUUACACAUUUUCUUAAUAUGUUUUUAUAAAUUAAACUAUUUCAUAUAAUAAUUAUUCAAAAUGUUUGGUAUUUGAAUUCAUUUUCAGAUUUAUUUGUUUUUUAAUAGGUUGUACUACCCAUAGUAAGAAAAUAAUAAAAACACUCGACCCUAUUAAAAAGCAUAUGAUCGAUACCGACAAAUAUGGACAACGAGUAACUUUGUUGCACAAAGUACUAUGGGCAACGACAUAACGCAUAUUGGGCCAUUGGGGCAAAGAUGGGCGUCGA